AUGAAGGACCAGAUUAUGUUACCAUAUUACACAGCCCAAAACAGUCCCGCAAUGGGGAUGUUUAAUACCUCCAUGGGGAAACUGCAGCAACAAUUGUACAAAGGGGAGUAUGAUAUAUUCAGGUAUGCACCAAUGUUUGAGAGUGACUUUAUCCAGAUCAGUAAAAGAGGAGAAUUGAUUGAUGUGCACAACCAUGCCCGGAUGGUGACUAUGGGUGUUGUUCGCACCAGCCCUUGCCUCACACUACCUGAUGUCAUGCUGCUGGCCCAGCCAGCUGCUAUCUGUAAAGGCUAUGCCCCUUGUGGCCUUGCCACUCAAGAAAGAGCUAAAAAGCCUACACAGACCUUAGAACUAACCAGGCUGCUUCCCUUGAAGUUUGUAAAGAUAACCAUCCAUAACAGCCACAAAAAACAGCUCCACCUGAGGCUUGCUACUGGCCGUGCUUUUUACCUGCAGCUGUGUCCUUCAGAUACAAGAGAUCUUUUUGCUCACUGGGAAUAUCUUGUUUACAUCCUGAAACCACCAGUGGAGGCUUACAGCCGUAUUCAAGUCAUUCCAACUGGGGAUAAAUCAGACAUACCUGUGUUUGAGGAAGAGGACAAGAGCCCAGAGCUAAGUCUUUAA